GUCACCACGGCCCCGUUCCGGGCACAUCGUCAGCCUCACACACAUGAGGUCAAUGCUAAAGCAUCGCUGCAAAACAAGGGCUCAGGCCAACCCUGGGGAAGGCCUGCAGGGUGGGGCCAGCUAGGAGCCAGGAUAAAUUCAGGGAUUUUGGUGUAGUCUUUGCUCUUCCUCCUUUCCCUGGAAAGCUGCAGGGGAGCUCCUGGAGCUCCUGUGGCCAUGCAGCUGCCGGGGCGGGUGCAGAGGCUGGUGGUGAGGCUGGAGCACGGCCUGGCCCACGGCAGCGGGGAGCUGCUGCACGGGUGGGUGCAGCUGGAGCUGCGCGGGGCGCUGCGGGUGCGGGCGCUGGAGGUGUGUGCCCGGGGCCUGGCCACCGUGCACUGGCUGGAGAGCCGCAGCAUCGGCCUCAACGUCGUCUACCGGGACUACACGGCCUACCAGACCUUCCUGUACCGCCGCCGCCAGCUCAUCCCCGACAAUGGUGAAGCCACUGUCCUGCAGGCAGGAAGGCACGAGUUCCCCUUCACCUUCCAGCUCCCCGAGACCCUGGCCACCUCCUUUGAGGGGAAGCAUGGUAGUGUGCGCUACUGGGUGAAGGCCAAGCUGCACAGACCCUGGUCAACAGUGAAGAAGGCAAAGAAGGAGUUCACUGUGAUUGAACCCAUCGACAUAAACACCCCUGCACUGCUGGCUCCCCAGGCAGGUGCUAAGGAGAAACUUGCACGUGCCUGGUACUGCAACCGUGGCCAAGUGUCUGUGACUGCCAAGAUUGACCGAAAAGGCUACACCCCAGGUGAGGUCAUCCCCAUCUUUGCUGAGAUCGACAACUGCACGAGCCGUGCCGUGGUGCCCAAGGCAGCCAUAAUCCAGACCCAGACUUUCAUUGCCCGGGGCACCAAGAAGCAGAAGAAGUCGGUGGUGACCAGCAUCACCGGGGACCCCAUCCCGGCCGGGAAGCGCGAGGUGUGGCACGGCCGGGCGCUGAAGAUCCCGCCCGUGGGGCCGUCCAUCCUGCAGUGCCGCAUCAUCCAGGUGGAAUACUCCCUGAAGGUUUGCGUGGAUAUUCCUGGGACGUCCAAGCUGCUCCUUGAAUUGCCUCUUGUCAUCGGGACCAUCCCGCUGCAUCCCUUCGGGAGCCGCACCUCCAGUGUCAGCAGCCAGUACAGCGUCAACCUGGACUGGCUCAGCACCAUCCCGGAGCAGCUGGAGGCCCCCCCUGAGUACUCAGCAGUCGUGUCCAGCCCAGAGGCUGAGCAGGGCCUGGCUCCUCCGUGCCGCAGCGAACUCGGGGACAUCCUGGAGGGUCCCUUCUUCGCCUACAUCCAGGAAUUCCGCUUCCGACCACCUCCACUGUAUUCAGAGGUGGAUCCAAACCCCGCAUCGGAGAGCAUCCGCCCGCGCUGCAUGACCUGCUGAGAGAAGCGCAUCGGCUGCGUGUGACAGCGUGACGAUCCCUGGGGAUGGCAGCUUGCACCCUCACAGCACUUGGGUCUGGAAAUGGGGACAUGAGACCCCAACUCCACUCACCACCCUCACCACUCCUGUUGUGACUGUCCCUCGGGUGCCGUGGCAGGGUUGGAGAACACGAGGGGCUGGCGGUGUGGAGCGGCUCCGUGUGUGGCUGGGCAGGACACGUGGGGUUCAGAACUGCCCUGGGAUUUUGGGGUUGGAACAGGGAAUACGAGCUGAGAUUGCUCUCUCCUUGCCUGCAGUGCCGUACUCCAAAAACUUCUGUCAGCUCCUGGCUUGGAAAACAGGAGCUUGAAGGCAUUUCUCAGGAUUACUGGAGAAUGUUUGGAUGGUGCUCAGGGUUGGGCCCUGGGGCAUGCAGGUGCAGCCCUUUGCCUGUGGCUCACCAGGACUGCAGGUCCCCAAGGCAGUGAAAGGUCCUUUUCUGGCUGGAUGAAGCAGAGGGCUCAGCCACUGCUGAUAAUCUUUGCCACAAGCCUGUGGGUACCUGUGGGGGGAAUGGUUUGAGCCACUUAACCAAACUCUAAAGGCCUCCAAGGGCUGAUACAAGGAUUUGAGGGAUGAAUUUAUGAUCUGUGGCAGUGUUUUGGUGCCAUUUACUGAGAACAGGAAAGCUGGUUCAUGAGUGUCAGCACCAAACCUGCACAGUGUGCUGGUGCCUCCCUCCAAGAUGGGGCUGAAACCAGCCCCCAAACUGUGGUACCAGCACGGGGGGUUGGAGCUGUGGCUGGUGGCCAAGGAGAGAGGGAAACCCAGUCUAAGGCUGAUGGCAGCUACAUGGGAGAUGAGGAGUUGGGAUGAAUCUGUCAGGGCUGGGAGUCCUUGAUGCUGUACCCCUAGAGGAGUCAGGGCCCUGGUGGGGUGAGGACCCAGCAGCAACCUGUGCUCAUUGGGGUGGGAAGUGGUAUGGGAAGGGCGAGCUGGAUGUUGUAGUGAGGAGCCAGGGGCUGACCCCGCUCGCUGCAGGGGGACCUGAGCAGAGUUUGGGGGCCGAGGACCUUUGCAUUCCCUCACUGAGACAAUCCCUGGCCGUGUACAGCCAAAGCCAGCGUGCCUUGGGCUCUGUGCUGGGGUUGCUCAGAUGAGUCUUUUCUAUCUGUGAACACUUUUGUAAUGACCACUCUUUGUCUCUACUCUUUUUGUAUGACUUUUUGGUGGAGAAUAUUUUGUCUGAAAUAAAUUCUUUAAACCAA